CCGGAAGAGAGUUGUCAGCUGUGCAGACGGAUGUAACGGUUGUUGCUAUAAAGGGUCUUCAUCCUCACAACUUCUUCACGUAUCUUCACUUUUACAGGCAACAACAUUGUCGUAAUGGCUUCUGCGGUGUCCAUUAAGAUUGGAAUAAUUGGUGGUUCAGGCCUUAAUGAUCCAGACAUCUUGGAGGGAAGGACUGAGCGCUAUGUUGACACGCCGUUUGGAAAGCCAUCCGAUGCUUUGAUACUGGGGAAGAUAAAAAACGUGGAAUGUGUGCUCCUUGCAAGGCACGGGAGACAACACACUAUAAUGCCGUCCAAUGUGAACUACCAGGCCAACAUCUGGGCACUAAAAGAAGAGGGCUGCACACAUCUGUUGGUUACCACAGCCUGUGGUUCACUCCGGGACGAGAUUCAGCCAGGAGACAUUGUCAUCAUCGAUCAGUUCAUUGACAGGACUACCAAGAGAGCUCAGACGUUGUACGAUGGGCAGCCCUCCAGUCCUCCAGGAGUGAGUCACAUCCCGAUGGCUGAGCCCUUCUGCAACAGAACCAGAGAGGUUCUGGUGGAGGUGGCGAGGAGCCUGGGGGUCAAAUGCCACGUGCGAGGGACCAUGCUGAGUAUCGAGGGGCCGCGCUUUUCCUCGCGGGCCGAGAGCCUGAUGUUCCGCCAGUGGGGUGCUGACGUCAUCAAUAUGACCACGGUGCCAGAGGUGGUCCUCGCCAAGGAGGCGGGAUUGUGCUAUGCCAGCAUCGCCAUGGCAACAGACUACGACUGUUGGAAGGAGCACGAGGAGGCGGUCUGCGUUGACAACGUACUGAAGACGAUGAAGGAGAACGCCAACAAAGCCAGCACUAUCCUGCUGACUGCGAUACCUCAGAUUAGUCAGAUGGACUGGACUCAGACAAUAAAGACCUUGAAAUCAAUGGCUCAAUCUUCAGUAAUGUUACCAAAACACUAAGCGUGCAGAAAACAAUGAAGUAGAAAAGGAUCCGAGACACCCCCACCCCCACACCGACACCGACACCGACACGGACAACAGACUCAACUCUGCCUGUGGAUUUUUCAUCAGUGAAUCACAAGAAAGUGCCUCACAUAAGUAAUGCAUGUUCUCUGUGCUCAGCUGGAGUUUCCGUGUUUCAAAGUUCCCUCAUUAAACCUCCUCUUCAUACAAUCACAGGUCACUCAUCAGUCUCGUCACUUUUCUGUCACCACAUGUUAAGGUACAAAACAUCUCAAAAGAUCAACAAAGAUUUUAAGUCUUCUAAAGAUUAUACUAGAUAUACAUUUUUUUGUGGAUUUACAUUUUUGUGGUCUUAACAUUUAAAGUGUAUAUAUUUGCCUGUAAACCAUUGGUGUCUUUAUUGCUGUUAAUGCAGGAUACAAUAAUAAUGCUUUGCAAGUUUAGCACAUGAAUACUUUGUUACUGCCUUUAGUUACAGCUAAUGUAAUACUUUUAAAAUCUGAUGUCUUGAACGUAACAGAUGCAGUUAAGUAAAAUAUUUUAAAUGCCUUAAGCAAAGUUUUGUCUUUUUAUUAAUACUGGGAAUAUUUGUGUCUUUGCUUUUCGGGGCACAUUUAAAAAAGAUAUUUUGUGGAACACUU